GAGCGCACGGCGCAGCGCACGCAGCACACCCGCUCCUCCCCCGGGCUCUCACACACUUUACAUCGAGUCUGGAUGACAGUGUCUGGACGCGGGACGCAGGAAGAUGGAGGGACAGCGUAGUUUUCUAUCUUCCCGCGGAGCUUUAUCUGUCUUCUUCCUCGCUGCGCUGCUGGAGACCGGGGCUGUCGAUAUGCCACAUUUUUACCCCUUCAGUCAGCUCUGUAAGUUCUGUGACCUGGAGCUGUCUGUGUGUAGUGGAACAGGGACCUGCAUGUCCAACUGCUCCAUCACGUCCAUCUGCACAGAAACCAACGAGGUCUGUGUCGCUAUCUGGAGGAAGAACGACACAGGCUUCUCUAUCGAAACUCUCUGCCACAAUCCUUCCAAGCCGCUGUAUGGCGUGAUGCUGGAUGACUACAACAGCUCCACCUGUGUGAUGAAGGAGAAGAACACAACAAGUGGGAUGGCUCACCUUUGCUCCUGUACCGACGAAGAGUGUAACGACAAGCUGUUAUUUUCCCCCAUUGUGGAUCCAACUCCAGAGGAUACCUUAGUGUCUGUGAUCCUGGUGAGCCUGCUGCCCCUGCUGGUGAUGGGGAUCAUUUUAGCAGGAAUGCUCUACUGGUACCGAACUUACCGUAAACGCCUGCUCAACCAAGAAUGGGAGAGUAACAGUAAGAAGCGCAAGCUAAGGCUGGACUGCAGCGACGCCUGUGCCAUUAUGAUGGAUGAUGACAGGUCAGAAAGCAGCUCGACCCAUGCCAACAACCUGAACCACAACACUGAUCCACUGCCCAUAGAGCUGGAUGCGCUGGUUGGCAAAGGUCGCUUUGCUCAGGUAUUCAAGGCGAAGCUGAAGCAGACAACCUCAGAUCAGUUUGAAACUGUGGCUGUGAAGAUUUUCCCCUAUGAGGAGUACGCUUCCUGGAAGAACGAGAAGGACGUUUACUCCAACACAGACCUCAGGCACGAGAACAUCCUCCACUUCCUGACAGCGGAGGAGAAGAAGGUGGAGAAGCAGUACUGGCUCAUCACUGCGUUCCACCCCAGAGGAAAUCUACAGGAGUAUCUAACACGUCAUGUGAUCAGCUGGGAGGAGCUGCAGGUUUUGGGCAGCUCUAUUGCUCGGGGUGUUGCCCAUCUCCACAGUGACCGCCUCGCCUGUGGACGCCCUAAGGUGCCCAUCAUCCACCGUGACCUGAAGAGCUCCAACAUCCUGGUGAAGAAUGACCUGACAUGCUGCUUGUGUGACUUUGGCCUGGCACUCUGCAUGGACAGCAGCCUGACUGUGGAUGACCUCGCCAACAGUGGACAGGUGGGUACAGCCCGUUACAUGGCUCCAGAGGUUCUGGAGGCCCGACUCAAUCUGGAGAACACUGAGUCCUUCAAACAGACUGACAUUUAUUCCAUGGCGCUGGUGCUGUGGGAGAUAACAUCGAGGUGUGAAGCUAUCGGAGAGGUGAAAGACUAUGAGCCUGCGUAUGGCUCUAAAGUACGAGAGCACCCCUGUGUGGAGAGCAUGAAGGACAAUGUGCUGCGAGACAGAGGACGACCUGAGAUCCCCAACACCUGGCUCAGGCAUCAGGGUGUGGCUGUGAUUUGCGCCACAAUAAACGAAUGCUGGGACCACGACCCCGAGGCCCGACUCACAGCGCAUUGCGUCGCCGAACGCAUCUCAAUAAUGGAGGACGAGAUUGACAAACUUUCCAGCCGCAGCUCCUCAGCGGAGAAGAUCCCGGAGGAGCUGAAGAUCCCUGUAGAGCUGGAGAUCCCGGAGAAAGAGGUGAAAAUCACAGAAAUACAGAACAUCAUCGCUAUGGACUGCUCCGUAACCGACGAGAAGUGAGCAGAGGUUUGUGGACAUUUUUUUAACAAAGGCACUACUGCGAUGAGAACUCUCAUAAGUGAUAUUCAGGAGCUGAGCUCUUGUAGGACUUGGAGCCAGGAUGAGUCGAGUCCCAGUCUCAUAUCUGAUUCUAACCCAGCAAAGAUAAACCCUGGGGGAUGGUUUCGGACUUCACCGUUCAUAAACUGUAUCAACUCACCCUAAUCAGCCAAAAAGCUGAAGAGCCAAAAAGCGAGAGUUAACUGGAAGCUUCCAAAGAUGUGCAGGGCAUGGAUACAGUGUUUUUACCAAGUGAGACAGGUGCCUAUCUGAGUUGAAAGGUCACUUUCUGUUUGAGAAAUGAACAGGGCAAUAAGUAGUAAACCAAAGACAUUUAAUGUGCACUUUACCAUUUGAUACUCAUGCAUUAUGGAUGUUCCAUUUUGAUAUCUCUGUUACUCGGACAUGUUGGAGUUAUGAACGCUUUUGCAUAAAAGUGCCUUUGUGUGUGUGUGUGUGUGUGUGUCUGACUUUGAGCAAAAAACUUGGCAGAGAUGUCGCCUUAACACUAACAAUGCUGUGGACUCCAUCCCUCAAGCAGGAAUGUGUGUGUGUGUUUGUGUGUGUAAAACAAAGUUGUCUUUACACAGCUAUACUUAAACCUUGUUUGACAAAUAAACAAGCACAAUGUAUAUAGUGACAAUAACUGUAAAUAAGAGAUGAUUCAGCCAAAAGGGAAAGUAAUCCUUCUACUUGUCUUUGAAUGCAGAGAUUUAAAAAACAAAUUAAUAGAGAUGUAUUUUCUAAAACAUUUUGUAUGUUUUCUGUUUAUAGCAACAUGAAACUUAGGAGUGUGCCAAAGAUCUUUUACACUUCUUUACAUACAGUAUGUCACAUGUAAAAUAUUGUAAACUCUAUUGAAUAAAGAUAUUUCUGCAUACUGA